UGGCUCCUCCGCAACGCGGUGGCCGGCCGGCCGGGCUGGGCUGUGUUUGCGCGCCGCGCCUGGGCGGGGGAAGCGAGUCCCCAGCCGCCGGGAAGGAGGAUGGCCUGCCUGCUGGACUCGCAGCCCGUGGCCCGCUUCCAGCGCUGCUGCGGGCUCUUCCCGGCCUCCGAGGGAGGGGCGGAGCAGGCCGGUAAGGUGGGGAACGGCAGCCCCCUCCACCUGCCCGCGAGGGACGUCGCCAAUGGGCGCAGCAGUCCGGCCAAGCAGCGCGCCCACCCUCCGGCCCCCGGCGCCGCCAGCAACGGCUGGAAGGACUGUUCACAAGAAUACGUUGUAAAGAAUUAUUUCUACUACUACCUGUUCAGGAUUUCCGCUGCAAUGGGUCAAGAGGUUUUCUACAUCACAUUCCUCCCAUUCAGUUACUGGAGCAUUAACCCCUAUGUUGCCAGAAGGCUGAUACUUAUGUGGUCUGUGGUUAUGUACAUUGGCCAAGUCUCAAAGGACCUGCUCAAGUGGCCCCGCCCUUGUUCUCCACCUGUUGUCAAGCUAGAAAAAAGGACCACUGCAGAGUAUGGAAUGCCAUCCACACAUGCAAUGGCAGCAACCGCCAUUUCUUUUACCUUUGUGGUUACAACUGUGAACAAGUACAAGUACCCACUUGAACUAGGACUGCUGGGAGCCUUCUUAUUUUCAACUCUGGUAUGCCUCAGCAGAAUUUACACUGGAAUGCACACAGUUUUGGACGUGAUUGUUGGCAGCCUGAUCUCAGCUAUAUUAACUGCUCUGGCUUAUCCAACUUGGGACCUCCUUGAUCACCUGAUGCUGACCAGCCCCUGGUGUCCCAUGUUCUGCAUCGUUGUCCCCCUCAUCUUAUGCUACAACUACCCCAAACUGGAUUACUAUAGCCCUACUAGGGCAGACACAACCACUAUUCUGGGAGCUGGAGCUGGAGCAAUUACAGGGUUCUGGAUAAACAACCACUACGUUUCAAAUGUUUUGGCUGAAGAAGCAACACACGGCAUCCCUUCUGUCACUGGCGAAAUCCUCUUGAUGGUUCUUGCACAGUUUUUGGUGGGAAUUGCUGUACUGCUGAUUAUACGGCAAAUCAUCAAAAGCCUGGCUCUUAAAUCACUGUGUUCUUGGUACAAGGUUUCUAUUAAUGACAUUGAAGCUAUGCAGCAAAUAGAAAUUGAAGUGCCCUAUAAAUUUAUAACCUAUUCUACCAUCGGCCUAAGUGCUACAGUGCUUGUGCCAUUGCUGCAUAAAUUAUUGGGCUUAAACUGAAUGCUGCACACUUUUUUUAAAGAAGCAGUCCAGAUUAUAGGGUGCAAUAAAAAUGCACGCAGAAGCAAAAACUUGAGCAGCAAAGUGUCGUGCCUUCCUGCAUAGCUCUACAACAUAGAUAAUAGUGGAGAUCUAAACUGAGUUUCCAAUAAUUUUUGUUCGCUGCAAUCUUUUAACAUGCUGUGGCUGCUUCAGCGACUAUGGCUGUCUGAGCUAAACAUUUAGUGCAACUAGAAGCCUGCCAUGAUAGACAGUCAGAUCUGUUCUUCCUAGAUCUAGUGGUCUGAAGUUUCUUCAGGGUUGUCAAACCUCAAAAUAAGCCCUUCAAGGGGUGCAGCCAGAUCAGGGUAGUUGGAGAAGAGCCUCCUUUUUAAAGAAAACAAAGCAAAACUACAAAGUACAGUGGUACCUUGGGUUACAGACGCUUCAGGUUACAGACACCGCUAACCCAGAAAUAGUACCUUGGGUUAAGAACUUUGCUUCAGGAUGAGAACAGAAAUCGUGCAGCGGUGGCAGCGGGAGGCCCCAUUAGCUAAAGUGGUACCUCAGGUUAAGAACAGUUUCAGGUUAAGAAUGGACCUCCAGAACAAAUUAAGUUCUUAACCCGAGGUACCACUGUAAUUAUCUUUACAAGCUUAACAGUCUGAGAAUUGGGAGGAAGAUAGGCACUCUCAGGGAGAAAUAAGAUGCUGUAUACAGGGAAGCUGGGUUGGCACUGAAUCUGGCUGCCCAUCUAGCAGGAUGACGAACACUGAAGUCAUAUAUUGCAAAACAGACUCCCGGUCAUACAAAUUCACAUGUAUGGGUAUAAUUAUGUUGUGUUCUUAACACAUCCAUGUUAUUAAAUUAAGUUGUGUCAUGUCUGAAGCUGUGCUCUGGUAUGCUAUGGCAUUGGCCCAGAAUGUUGAAAAUAAUCACUGUUGCUGUGACUUUAGGCCACCAAGGAAUGAAUUGCAAGGACCGAGUAACUGAUGGCAAGUGCAAAUGUGAUUGCAGAUUUAUUUUUUGAACUAAUAACAAAGUUAGAUCUUCAUGUCCUCUUUCUUUCCACUAAUUGCUCUUGUGCAAAGUGGUAUUUCCCAUUGGCAAUGAAGGCUCCAGCAAGAACUGUGAAACAACUGCUUCCCUUUUUGGAGCUUGAGGACAGGAUGAAACUAGCACUGGUCUGACUUCGGUGCUGCCAUUCCAAGUCUUGGUAAAUUGCUAUCUGCCUGCCGCUAUGCAUAGAUUCCCACUGUAGGGAAGCAAAUAUAGCACACUUAUCAGAGCUUUUAAAUGAAAUGCUGCUUGGACAUGCAGAUUUGAGAAUUAACUGGAGUUUAAAUGUUAACCUAACUUUAAUAUAAACCAAAAAAAACCCAAACUAGGAAAGGCUUAGGGUGGGAGAGGGCUAUUCUACUCAUGUCUUGCCCAUGGGUUUCCUAUAACUGGUUAGCCACCGUAAGAAAAGAAUCUUGGAACUAGAAGAUCCUUCCAUCUGAUCCAUUAAGACUGUUCAUAUAUCCUUAAGCUUCAGUAUUACACUAAGGGUAUAACUCCUACGUAUAGUCCUGGAAUUUGAACAUGUCCUAUAAGAAAUACGGGGCUCUCAUCUUUUCCGCCAUGCUCAUUCCUUAAAUAACAUGUUCUGUAAAAUGUGGGGGUUGUAUUGAAGGCAAAGACCUGAAGCCCACGGGGAUCCUAAUGUCAAUACAGAACUUCCCAGGAGCAAAAUUUUACAAUGUAAGUGGGGUUCUCUUCAUCAUGCUAAAGUAGACGCACUUGCAAGGGAGUGCUGGCAUACAUGGUUUACUUGCUAAACCCCUCAAUCUGCAUCUAAAUUGGAGGUCAAUCUGUUGAGCUGGUAGGCAAGAAUAUGGUUUGUAAGAGAAGAUAAGGGUCCCUCCCGUCUGCCAGCUACUGCAUUCUCAUCAUCUCAGCAAAUUAUCGGUGUAACAGCAAGCUUGCACAAAAAUGUGUGGUUGUGUCCCUGGCCAGGGAUAUAUAUAUUUGCAAAUAAAUUUAUGUGUCCCCGCCUUUGCAAUGGCUUCAGAUUUAGCUGUAGCUCGAAAACUGCUUUUUUAAAUGCAUCUAUUUUAUUCUUUUAUGAUCACUUAUAUAUGCUGCGAUUUAUAAACCACAACCUGCACAAUUUCUAUUUUUGUAUUGUUUUACUGUAAGUUGUAAAGUGUAUUCUGAAAGUUCUGACUUUAUUCAAACUUAAAAUGUUUCCAGAAACUAUUUUUUAUUAAAGCUUAUUUUGUCA